ACACGCCCACACUACUUUCGAUUUCGCUUUAAUACACAUAGAAUCAAUUGAAACAGAUGUCAACGAACGGUAUUUUAAUGCCAGUUAAUGUGUUGUUAUCAUUAACUUUUCUUGUAAUACGCGAAGAAUAAUACAAUCAGGAUGUAGAGCUUAGACUACAUGAAAUUUGCAAAGUGACCAGUUUCCAGACAUCGGUUCGCUCCUGCUUGUGUACGAGAUUGGUCGAGACUAAAAAAACAUUAAGGUUUAACAUUUUAGUAGUUUGCUUGUAAGGCAAGAUAGUCCCUGGAGAAGAACUAAAGUACGUAAACAGCCUUGUCAGCAGAAAGACAUUCUGUUGCAGUUACUGAAGGUACAGCAACAUCUUCACUGGGGUUAGAAAUCGCAGUUUGAACGCAAAAAGCAGAAUCCGGACAAUUACGAACAAUGAGCUGAUUAUAUACGUCAUUUUAUAAAGGAGGGAAACGGCUCAAUCGGAAUGUUGCAAGCCGGUCAGUUAUUAAGACUUGUUGGAGAAUAUGGAAGAAGAGCAUGAUACGAAAGACGGGAUGGUUGAGUGUCUGCCGGGUAUUCCGGUAUUGCAUCGUGAUGCAGGAACAAGGAGCAAGGUACAGUUUUCCAGUUCGAAAAUAAAGUAUGGUGUUAGAAGAGCUUAUAUCAAUUUGGAUCCAUCGAGGCAGUCGAACAACAGACGGGAUCGACAUCUCGUUACAAGCUUUCAGUUUUAUAUCCAGAUUCCGGAGCACUUCCCGGCAUUGUCUAUCCUGUUAUCGGACCAACUGGAUGAUAUUGGAGCUGGAAAAUGCACUGUUAUGAAGCGGAGAGUAACAUACUUGCGCAGGGAGCGAAUGUGUACGCUUGGUGCACAUCUAAACGGAUUGAAUACUUCAUGUUUUCAUUUCGGUAGUCAAUCGGAAGGAACCACUACUCCUGGUCUCAAUUCUGAUAUUGAUUUUCUACAAAGUUAUAACCGUAUGAACAUCAUGACAGACUGGAGAGACUGGAAGGCUGAGAUGAAUAACCUUCUGAUGCUUCAUGACUACACCACUCCACCUCAACAGUACUUGCUACAGGUUAUCAGGCGAGACACACCGGAGCAAGUGACACGACUGUGUGAUGACAGGUUUGUGAGGAAAGAUUCUGUGACAGUAUUGUUCAGUUCCGAACAAUGGAAAAAGGAAACAGAGCAGAAAAUGAAAGAUCAAGGAGAGAUAGCAAAACAAGGACCUUCCGUGAGUUCUGUACCCAACUGGGAUAUUGUAAACGCAUUUCACGUUUGCCAACCUCUUCCUGAAAUACAACACUGGAUAGAAAGAUGCAGAGGUAGACACUGGCCGCCUGCCCAAUUACUGGAGGCUGCACGGGUAGCUCCGUCUUUCUUGGUACCGGUCGGACAUCAUGACAGCGAUUUCAAGCGCGAAGAAUGGCGACUGUCUCCGAACCUUAUAGAACGAAUGUUGAUGUUUAGUUUUAAUAUGAUACAAAUAAAGUGUUAUAUUGUGUUGAAAUUAAUUAAACAAUCAUUAUUUAAGAAAAUGGUGGGGGAAUUUAUUACAAGUUUUCAUUGUAAAACUGUAAUGUUCUACACCAUAGAGAGAACCAACCCUUCUCUGUGGAUGGAAGAUAACCUCAUGUUUCUAAUAUUACUAUGUUUACAAGUAUUAAGGAAAUGGCUGCGACUUGGAAGCCUCCCUCAUUAUAUCAUAGAAGGAGUGAACUUAUUUGAUGGAAAACUGUCUGUGGUGCAGCAGAGACGCCUUUUACAGUACGUGAACUUCUUGAUUAAGAACAACUUGCAAGAUUUAUUUCAUAUAAAUAUAGAUAAAUUAGGAUAUCGGUUACAAGGGUGUGGUAUACGGCACAUCGGACAAGCUGGAGGUGUACUGAGACGUGUAUGCCUAAAUAACAGUAUCAGUUUAAUGCUGACGUUUGAGCGCUUGGAGAGCUUUCUUAUACACUUAAGAUAUAUUACAUAUCAAGUACAAAAUCCAAAUGCAGUCAUCGAGCAAAAUAUUAACUCAAAAUUACGCACUUGUUUUGAACAUUCCAGGAAUCUCCAAAUGCAAAAAGUUGCUUUAGAAAUUAUCAAUCACCUGUACGCAUUACGCAAUUCGAUGCAAUCAUCUAAGUCUUUGCGGCUACGAAACCAUGUGUUCAGCGUACUUAUAAGGCGUUUCAAAUAUUCUUUAAACACGGAUGUAGCUUCUAAUCGCUUAAAAUUGGCUUCUGUGCUAUACUGUUGUGGACAUCUUCAAGCGGCAGUUAGAGUGCUAGAAGAUGUGGAGAGGAGUUAUCAAAGCAUGGUAAAGGCUGUGUGUGGAUGCAGACGUAAAGUGGGAGACCGUGAUCUCCAGGUGUUUGCUAACAUGAUAUCAGAUAACUGUGACAACAAAUUCUGUGAACCACAAAUUGCAUUUUGUGUCAAGUUUGUUAGAGAAGAAGCGUAUUGCGCUCCAUAUAUAUUGUGGUUUGAAAUGAAUCGCAACAUGACGGAAGAGGAAGUUGUACAGAGAGAUUACGUUUCUAAACAAUGGAUGGAUUGCGCUGAGUUGGAUGCUCUACCUUUCCUUCACUAUCUACAGUAUCUCACGUAUGGAGGACUCGGUGAACGCGACAAACAGCUACAUGCAUUUGGAAUACUCGAGUCUUAUAUAUAUGAUCCCAGAAAUAACAUCAACAUGUAUCACUAUGAGACAGCGCUCAAUUUGCUUGGUCACUGUUAUGAAAUGGAAGGAUACUAUGAAGAGGCGCUAUAUUACUACGAAAAGUCGUUGAGACAGUGCGAUACGAACAAUGCUGCUAACUGGCACGUGCAACGUGUGCAGCGUCUGAUAAGUAAUUAAGAAUGAAAAUGACAACUUUUAAACGUACAAAAUACCUUAUAAGCAGUAUGUAUUAUUAAGCAGCACAUUUUGAAAGAACAUAUUAAGUGCACCUGUAUUGUAAAAUAUUAAAAUCGUUCACGUUAUUCUAUUUCGUUUGCAUUAAUAUGGAAAACUAUUGUUCCGUUUUACUAUUAAUCCAAAUGUCGCAGUCGGCGUCUGCGUCUGUGUUGGUGUCUGCUUAAUGAUCUCGUUAAGGUUAACGUGCAAAAUCUAUGAUGUGCAAUUUAGGAGAAUGGUGACUUUUUUUAAUUUGGUUAUUGGUACAUGUAACUGCUCAACAUCUCUAUAUUUCCGAUUUUAUCGCAGUUAUUCAGGUGGAACUUUCUAAAUGUUUUCGGGGAAAUUGUGCGACGGUAGUUGGACAUAAUUCUGGCCUGCAAUUAAGGAAAAGCAAGCCCAUUUUUGGACACUAAUAAUGUAGGUGAACAUUAUCGUGUAAAACAUAUCUAGCUGGCAUGUAGACCUUAAUGCGGUGAUACAGGUUAUGAUUCAAGUAAUCCCAGCAAUUGAAAUAAGUCAAGGACUAUCCAUGUUAUAUAGUACAGAGUUGCAUUUCUGGUCAGUUUGUGCCAUGGUCAAGGUCACUGUUGCUACUAUUUAUAAAAUUUCGUUUAGUAACUUUAGUUAGGAGGGAGAUGUUUUACUGAAAUGUGUGUAGACAGAUUACAUGCUGAUUAGUUAGUGUUUUUAUUAUGUAAUGUUGUGUGAAUGUAGUUUACCUUCAGAGGUAUGUUAUUUUUGACUAUUAUAUUUCUUUUUUGUAACAGUCUGUGUAGUGAGACUGUAUUUAGGGCAAUUGAGAUCAAUGUAACUGUUAUUUUAAAUAGAAACAAUGUCCAUGCAAUAACUUUAGUUCAUAUGGAGGAAUCGUGUUGUAUUUGUUUUGGGAAUUGACAUGCAGACAUCGGUUAUGAUUGAAUUUGGGGCCAGUUCGUUCAAGGUAACGCUUUCAAAGUUGGAAUGACUGUCGGUUCCUAAGUUUCUGAGUUAAUUCCCUCUAUUUGAAAUUUCUUUAUAUGAUUACAAAUUGAAAUAUAAAUAUGCAUAAUGGUGUUUAUUAUUAAGAUUGAAUGUGCACUUAAAAACACUUAGUUAAUUUUCUAUCAAUUAAUGCUUUUUAUGUACUUAAAAAUUGUGAUUUUUUAAAGUGUAUAUGCGUUCAUUACCUUGAAUAUACUCUUUGUUAUAAAAUGAUUUUUGUUUUAUUUGUAUCAAUAUUGUUAUUGCUAUAGUUUGUUAUAUAAGAAAGCCAUAUUGUAAUUAAUAUAAGUAUUAAUCAUCUUCUUCUUCUUUAUAUUAUUAUUAUUAUUUUUUUUUUUUAUUAUUAUUAUAAGCCAUGUAUAGUGUAAAGGUAUAUAUUGCAAACAUGGCUUGAAAGAAAAUUUAUAAAACUUAUGCCUGUCUGAAAAUUCACUUUUCUUCCGCGGACUAUGUAUUAACGAAUGCACUAUUCGCCUGUGGCCAGAAUCGUAAAUAAGAAACACGAAAUAAUGAUCACACGGCAUUAUUUAAGUACCAUUUAAAUAAAACAAAUAAUAAAGGUUCUUAACCAA